AAGAGAUCAAAAGAGCCCUCCAGGUGGUUUUGGUCGUAAAGCUGCUUUUGGUUAGAAAUGACAUUGAUCUAUUUGCUGUCUUCUAUUAUGCUGUCCGAAAUGAUGAAGGGUUUUCUCUAGAAAAGGUCGUUACGAUAUGCGGACCUGGCGAGAUAGAGGAUAAUCCAACAGAUAUCAAUCAGAAAUAUAGAUACUGGGACUAUCUGCCAAGCGCUAAGGCUCCGGGAUAG